AUGGAACUAGCGCGGUCGGUGGUGCCGCCCGAGGCGGCGCACACGCACACGGUCAUCUUCCUGCACGGCCGGGGCGGGACGGCGCAGGAGCUGGCCGAGCGCCUGCUGAUGCUCAAGGACUCGUCGCGCCGCUCGCUGGCCGACAUGUUCCCGUCGGUGCGGUGGGUGUUCCCCCAGGCCGAGCUGCUGUUCUGCGAGCAGGACAACCAGGACUGGUCCCAGUGGUUCGACGUCUGGAACACGCUCGACUACACCGACAGAGAGGAGGUGCAGGCCCCCGGGCUCCGGCAGAGCGUCGAGGCCAUCAUCCGGCUCGUCCACCAGGAGGCCUACAAGGUCGGUGGCCUUGACAAGAUCGUUCUGGCCGGCUUCAGUCAGGGCGGGUCCACGGCGAUGCAUGUCCUCCUAAAUCUCCCUUCAUGGAACGGGUCGAAUCCAGACGACUAUGUGACCCCUUCAGAACCCCCGAAAGUCCAACGCCUCGCCGGCCUCAUGGGAUUCAGCUGCAGGAUGCCCUUCCCAGGUGGCACCUUGGCCGAGACUAGGGAAGUCCUUGCAUUGGAGACGGAGCCAAGCGACGAGAUUCUGCGGAACACCCCCGUCUUCCUGGCCCAUUGUGCAGAUGAUCCAGUCACAUUUGUUGAAUACGGCCGGCAGCUGGCCAGCACGCUAGAGUCGUUCGGUGUUCAGGGCAUAUCGCGGGAAUACCCCGAGGGAGGCCACCGGGUGCAGGUUCCGCAGGGAAUUGAUGAUAUUGUCAUAUUUCUAGAGGCCCAAGGCUUGGAGGCGGUACGUUCUUGA